AUGGUGAGCCCUGGAGGGUAUUGCUACCAAGACGUGACUGAGUUGCGCGAGCAUAAAGACUUCGGGGUUCACUAUCUCCGAUUGAAUGAUCUCUUCAACUGGUCCAUCCACGAUGUGUACUCGGCAAGGAUCACCACGUGGAAGCGUGUGGUGUUGAAGUACACCGUGCCAAAGCACAAGAAAAUACCAAAGUCAUCGAUGGUGGGCGGCGGGGUGAGCAAGGAGAAAUACGAGGAGUUGAAAAUGAUGUUGAACGAGAAGGAGGAGGAGCUGGAGAAGGUGACCGAGAAAAUGGAAGACGAGAUGGAAAAAAUGACGGACGAGAGGGACGAAGAGCUGCGAAAGAUCCAACAAGAGAUGAAAGAGGCAAUCGACAAGAAAGAUUUCGAGUUGCGGAAAGUGAAGAAGGAAAAGGCCGAGGAGUUGCGAAAGCUAAGGAAGGAUAAAGACGAAGAAAUGCGAAAACUAAAACGGGAGAUGCAUGAUGAAGGAGAAAGGUUGCAGAGAGAGAAGGACGAAGAAAUAGCAAAGCUCGAACAAGAGAACGAGGAAGAAGCACUUCAUCAGCUGGAGAAAAAGGAGAAUGAACUAAACAUGUUGAGGCAGGAAGCUGACGACAAAUUACAAAAGCUGAGGGAGGAGCUGGAGAUUCUGAGACGAAGAAAGGAUGAUCAUGACAAUGACGACGAUGAAGAAACGGUGCAAGCACCACGGAAGGAGGACGACAACGAUAAGGAAGCGCUACAAGAGCUUAUCAGAGAGAAGGAUGUCGAACUGCAAGAACUAGGGAAGCUAAAGGACCAACUCUCGGGUAAACUAGAGCAGUGCCCUAAACAUUCGUGGUCCAGGCAGCUAAUUUCUAAUGAUCGCUUUUACACCGGCGGUGAUAUCAACCAGAUACCAAGACAACAGGUUCCAAAAGAAACGUUUUCGAAAAACCAGAGUAGACUCAGUGGACAUUAUUUCAGCAGCUACAAUUACGCUCGACAUACCUCGACUUGGACGCCAUUCAACAGAUCAACUGUUGUUCCGCUAAAGGAUCGAGGGACCGAUGAGUGGCCGCUUUCCCGUAAGGUUGAGGUUUGGGUUGGGAACGGCGGCCACUUCGACGUCGAAAACUGGGGAAGGUGGCAUGACGAUGCUGGCUUAUUACCAGGGGACUUUUGCUACGCAUACAAACGAGUAUGGAAGGCCUGUGUACUUGCCGUAUCAUCCUAG